UGGACCAGGUCACAGCCCUCACUGGGACCCACCCGAGCCUGGGCCGUGGGAUGCGGGGCCGCUCGUGGUCGGCGCGUAUCCCGCCCCACGUCGCGGAGCCUGCGCGCCUCCUGCUGCUGCGUCGUUCUCCCCGUAACCCCGCUUCCCACGGUCAGGACGAACUCAGUCUCGCACACCCCGCGCAUCUGCUCUGCAGAGCAGGCCCGAGCUAGGAGACGGAGUGUGACUUAACCGCAAGGUUUCCACCUGAAGGAGGGCAGAGCCCGCGGACCUGCCCACGCCGUGCCUCUGCGCUCUGGGCUUGCGCAGUGCCCGACCCUGAAAGUCUGCAGGAUGCUGAGCCCGCUGGCCCGCAGAAGGCCCUGUAGGAGAGGAGCAGAGCCGGGGACCCCCGUUUGCACCCCGGGGGCUCGAUCCAUCGAUGCUGCGAGCGCCUGAAAGUUGGGUCUCAUCCCUUCCUACCUGCUCCGGGGCAAAACGUGCUCAGACACACUUCCUUCCAGCCAGAGCCUGGGUAUCAAAUUGGGGCCCAGCAAGAAGAGACCACGUGGCUUGGGUUUCCAAGAACAGAGCUCGCUGCUCUCCCUGUGUUGUGUUGUCUUCUUCAUAAUCACAAGUCAUGGGGGACAAGGACAAGCCCAUCGAAUGUGAUGACUGGGAGCUGCCCAGAGAGACGAACUUCAGGGCCGCUGGGCCUCAGGGAGCACAGGUACAAGAGAAAGUUGUAGAUGGAAGCGAAGCCACUGAAGGGAGUAACCUACUGAACAGCCAUGAAAAGAAGCUACAGGAAAUCCCAAAUGGGUCUCACUGUCUGCAGGGACUGAGACGGGCACUGGCCUGCCCUCCUCACGGCUUGCUGGGCAGAAGCGUCACAAAUGUCACCAUGGCGGCCCUUCUGUGGGCUGUAGUUUGGUCUGUCGCCGGAAGUGAAUGUCUCCCAGGAGGAAACCUGUUUGGAAUCAUCGUCCUGCUCUACUGCGCUGUCAUUGGAGGAAGACUUUUGCGGCUUGUUAAGUUACCAACACUUCCUCCCCUGCCUCCUCUUCUUGGCAUGCUGCUGGCUGGGUUUCUGCUCAGGAACGUCCCGGUCAUCUGCGACAGCGUGCAGAUCCAGCACAGGUGGUCUUCCUCCCUGAGGAGCAUCGCGCUGUCUGUCAUUCUGGUGCGUGCCGGCCUCGGGCUGGACUCGAAGGCCCUGCAGAAGCUGAAAGGAGUCUGCGUGCGCCUGUCCCUGGGUCCCUGUGUCGUGGAGGCGUUUACAGCCGCCACUCUUGCCCACUUCCUGAUGGGUUUGCCAUGGCAGUGGGGAUUUAUACUGGGUUUCGUCCUAGGUGCUGUGUCCCCAGCCGUGGUGGUGCCUUCAAUGCUCCUUCUGCAGGAGGGAGGCUAUGGGGUGGAGAAGGGGGUCCCCACCUUACUCAUGGCCGCGGGCAGCUUCGAUGACAUCCUGGCCAUCACAGGCUUCAACACCUGCCUGGGCAUAGCCUUUUCCACAGGCUCCACCAUGUUUAAUGUCCUCAGAGGUGUUCUGGAGGUGGUGAUUGGUGUGGCAGCUGGAGUUCUUCUUGGAUUUUUCAUCCGGUACUUUCCGAGCCGUGACCAGGCCUCCCUGGCGCUGAUCCGCGCCUCCGUGGUGCUGGGCCUCUCGGUGCUGGCGGUGUUCAGCAGCACGCGCCUCGGCUUCCCCGGCUCGGGUGGGCUGUGCACGCUGGUCAUGGCCUUCCUGGCAGGCAUGGGCUGGAGCGACGAGAAGGGUGAGGUUGAAAAGAUAAUUGCAGUUGCCUGGGACGUUUUCCAGCCACUUCUUUUUGGUCUGAUUGGAGCAGAAGUAUCUGUUGCAUCUCUCAGACCAGAAACUGUUGGCUUCUGUGUUGCCACCGUGGGCAUUGCAGUGUUGAUACGAGUUCUGACCACAUUCCUUAUGGUGUGUUUUGCUGGAUUUAACCUAAAGGAAAAGCUAUUCAUUUCUUUUGCGUGGCUUCCGAAGGCGACAGUCCAGGCUGCAAUAGGGUCGGUGGCUUUGGACACAGCACGGUCACACGGAGAGGAGCAGUUGGAACAUUACGGAAUGGACGUGUUGACAGUGGCCUUUUUGGCCAUUCUGCUCACGGCCCCCAUGGGAAGCCUGCUUAUUGGUUUGCUGGGCCCCAGGUUUCUCCAGAAGCUUGAACGUCAAGACGAAGAUGAAGUUCCACAAGAGACUUCUGUGCGGCUUUAGAGGGGAUUCCUCGAGAGGUGCUUGACAGACACCUGUGGGACCCACCUUCGGCCUCGACAGCUCUACCUUAUGAAACUUGGAACCUAGACUUAAUGAGCACAAAAUAAAAAGAUUUUACAUGGUAACAGGUACCCAAGUGUUUCCUUCCUACAAGAUGCCUGUCUUUUAUUUCAGUCCACAUCCCACGUGCACAAGGACCCUGCACAGGGAUGGGGCGAGGUCCUUCUCACCUGAGUCCUGGAUUCAAGGUUCCCUGGAUCCC